GCUUGGGGUUUCCUUUGAUUAUUUUAGCUCGUGCGCUGGCAAUUCGUUAUACUUUCACAGCAGCUUUUGCAGACUGUGUCGUUGCUCACAUAGUCGCUCUUCAAAUCAAAGAAGAAUCAAAACACUUACAGUCUUUCUGACUAUUUGCAUUUUACAUCAUGCGCGAGUGUAUUUCUAUCCACGUUGGUCAGGCUGGUGUUCAGAUCGGCAAUGCCUGUUGGGAGUUGUACUGCCUGGAACACGGAAUUCAGCCCGAUGGCCAGAUGCCGAGCGACAAGACGAUCGGUGGCGGCGAUGAUGCGUUUAACACUUUCUUCGCCGAAACCGGCGCUGGAAAGCACGUCCCCAGAGCUGUGUUUGUCGACUUGGAGCCAACUGUAAUUGAUGAAGUUAGGACUGGUACCUACCGUCAGCUUUUUCACCCUGAGCAACUAAUCACCGGCAAGGAGGAUGCCGCUAACAACUAUGCUCGCGGGCACUACACUGUUGGCAAGGAACAGAUCGACAUUGUUUUGGAUAGACUCAGGAAACUGGCUGAUGGGUGCACAGGACUCCAGGGAUUUCUGAUCUUCCAUUCCUUUGGGGGUGGUACGGGAUCUGGUUUCACCUCACUCCUGAUGGAGCGCCUUUCUGUUGACUACGGUAAGAAAUCCAAGCUGGAGUUCGCCAUCUACCCAGCCCCACAUAUUUCCUCUGCUGUGGUCGAGCCCUACAACUCCAUCCUGACCACCCACACAACCCUGGAGCACUCUGACUGCGCCUUCAUGGUGGACAACGAGGCCAUCUAUGACAUCUGCCGCCGCAACCUGGACAUCGAAAGACCCACCUACACCAACCUGAACCGUCUGAUUUCCCAGCUCGUGUCGUCCAUCACGGCGUCACUGCGAUUUGACGGUGCCCUCAACGUGGAUCUGACUGAGUUCCAGACCAACUUGGUGCCCUACCCUCGUAUUCAUUUUCCCAUGGCAAGCUACGCACCCGUCGUUUCUGCCGAGAAGGCCUAUCACGAGCAGCUAACUGUUGCAGAUAUAACCAAUUCUUGCUUCGAGCCAGCCAAUCAGAUGGUGAAGUGUGACCCACGUCACGGAAAGUACAUGGCCUGCUGUCUGCUCUACCGUGGUGACGUAGUGCCCAAGGACGUCAACUCUGCCAUAGCAACCAUCAAGACCAAGAAAACCAUCCAGUUCGUGGACUGGUGCCCCACUGGAUUCAAGGUCGGCAUCAACUACCAGCCACCCACUGUUGUCCCUGGCGGUGACCUGGCCAAGGUGCAGCGUGCCGUGUGCAUGUUGAGCAACACCACAGCCAUCGCCGAGGCCUGGGCUCGUCUGGAUCACAAGUUUGAUCUGAUGUACGCCAAGCGUGCGUUUGUGCACUGGUAUGUGGGUGAGGGUAUGGAGGAAGGAGAGUUCUCCGAGGCUCGUGAGGAUCUGGCAGCCCUUGAGAAGGAUUACGAGGAGGUUGGAGCGGACAGUGUUGCUGACGCUGAAGAGGAAGAAGGCGAUGAAUAUUGAAUGUAUUUUCUAGUCCUAACUGGAUUAUAAUUUGUUACUUCGCUUGAGAGAGAACGUUAUGGUAAAACUGAGAAAAAUAAAGGAAACGAAAGGUU